AUGUCCUUGGUGGGCAGGCGGAAUCACCCUGGACGAUUCAGGGGCGAUGACCACAUCGACCCUGAACCUCCUCAGGGUCAGAGCAUGGAGGUCAACGAGGCCGGUACCCAUCCCCACACAUCUGGGAAGACAAGAAAAGGUGGAUUCAGAGCCGCCAUGUUCGUCUUCGCUAUGUCGGGGGUGGAGAAUGUUGGCUUCAUAGCAAACAUGGUGAGCUUGGUGUUGUACUUCAUGUACGUAAUGCACUUCGAUCUGGCUGGCUCCUCGACCACUCUCACUAACUUCGUGGGUGCAACCUUCCUGCUCACCAUCGUCGGAGGUUUCAUCUCCGACACGUACAUGACCAGGCUCAACACGGCUCUUCUCUUCGGGUUCUUCGAGAUCGCGGGUUACAUCCUUCUCGCCGUUCAAGCUUACAAGAGCAGCUUGCGUCCUUGCUCGACAUGUCGCUUGGAGGGACGAAACGCGCUGCUUUUCCACGCGAUCUUGUGUCUCUUGGCGAUAGGCUUCGGAGGGACACGGGGGUCGUUCCCUGCGCUUGGAGCAGACCAGUUCGACAAGAAGAACCCCAAGCAGAAGUACCAAAUCACCACCUACUUCAACUUUAUGUUGCUCAGCGUCACUCUGGGCGCCACUGUGGGGGUGACGGUGAUCGUCUGGGUGAGCACCGAGAAGAAACAGUGGUCAUUGGCUUUCUUGAUAUCCAUGUUGCUCGCCUUGCUUGGCUUCGCCUUCCUCGCUGCCGGGAAGCCUUUCUACCUCGUCCGCGUUCCAGGAGACAGCCCCCUCCUCAAGCUCAUCCAGGUCGUAGUUGUUGCAUUCAAGAAUCGGAAGCUGACCGUGCCUCAGAAUUCUGAUGAUCUGUAUGAGAUCAAUGAGAAAGUGGAUGAACAUGUCGAAGAAAAGCUACCACAUUCCAGCCAAUUGAGGUGA